AUGAUGAGCAACGACGCCUCAGGGAGCGCAUGGAACUGGAUGUACUUCAUCCCUCUCAUCAUCAUCGGCUCUUUCUUCAUGCUCAACCUGGUGCUGGGCGUCCUGUCAGGGGAGUUUGCCAAAGAGCGAGAGCGUGUGGAGAACCGCAGUGAGUUCCUGAAGCUCCGCAGACAGCAGCAAAUUGAGAGGGAGCUCAACGGAUACCUGGAGUGGAUCUGUAAAGCCGAGGAGGUUCUGUUGGCGGACGACGAGAACGGUGCCGAUUACGACGGGUCCCGCAGGAGAGCCACUAAGAACCACAAGAGCAAAGCCGAGCUGCUGAACCCGGAGGAAGGAGAGGGGGACCUCGUGGGUUCCCCGUUUGCCCGAGCCAGCCUGAAGAGCUCCAAACUGGAAGGCUCGGACUUCAAGCGGCGAGAGCGGCGUCUGCGCUUCCUGAUCCGUCGCGUGGUGAAGACACAGGCCUUCUACUGGACCGUGCUGUGCCUGGUGGGGCUGAAUACCAUGUGUGUGGCUGUGGUGCACUACGAUCAGCCGGAGCCGCUGUCCGACUUCCUCUAUUACGCCGAGCUCCUGUUCCUGGGUAUCUUCUUGACUGAGAUGAUGGUGAAGAUGUACGGUCUGGGGAAGGUGGCCUACCUCAACUCCUCUUUCAACUGCUUCGACUGCAUCGUGAUCUCCGGCAGUAUCUUCGAGGUGCUGUGGUCCAUGAUCCAGCCCGGCACGUCGUUCGGCAUCAGCGUGCUGCGAGCUCUCAGGUUAUUGAGGAUCUUCAAAGUCACCAAGUACUGGGCAUCUCUGAGGAACCUGGUGGUCUCUCUCCUCAACUCCAUGAAGUCCAUCAUCAGUCUGCUCUUCCUGCUCUUCCUCUUCAUCGUGGUCUUUGCCCUGUUGGGAAUGCAGCUCUUCGGAGGACAAUUUAAUUUCGAAAGCGGGACUCCUCCGACAAACUUCGACACCUUCCCCGCGGCCAUAAUGACUGUUUUCCAGAUCCUGACCGGGGAGGACUGGAACAUGGUGAUGUACGACGGGAUCCAGUCUCAGGGCGGAGUCAACAAGGGCAUGGCCUUCUCCAUCUUCUUCAUCGUUCUCACACUUUUCGGAAACUACACUCUGCUGAAUGUAUUCUUGGCCAUCGCUGUGGAUAAUUUGGCCAACGCACAAGAGCUGACAAAGGACGAGCAGGAGGAGGAGGAGGCGGCCACUCAGAAGAUGGCUCUGCAGAAAGCAAAGGAAGUGGCCGAAGUCAGUCCGCUGUCCGCCGCCAACCUCUCCAUCGCCGCUGUACGAUGUCCAGCCCUGUCUGUCCGUGGCCAGGGUCCCAUUCCAGCGUGUGUGACGAGCUUUAGGGCCUCACUCAGCUGGGGUCCUCACUCUGCUGGGGUCCUCACUCUGCUGGGGUUCUCACUCUGCUGGGGUCCUCACUUUGCUGGGGACCACACUCUGCUGGGGUCCUCACUCUGCUGGGGUUCUCACUCUGCUGGGGUCCUCACUUUGCUGGGGACCACACUCUGCUGGGGUCCUCACUUUGCUGGGGUCCUCACUCUGCUGGGGUCCUCACUCUGCUGGGGUUCUCAUUCUGCUGGGAGCCUUACUCUGCUGGGGACCACACUGCUGGGGUCCUCACUCUGCUGGGGUCCUCACUUUGCUGGGGACCACACUCUGCUGGGGUCCUCACUCUGCUGGGGACCACACUCUGCUGGGGACCACACUCUGCUGGGGUUCUCACUCAGCUGGGGACCACACUCUGUUGAGGUCCUCACUCUGCUGGGGUCCUCACUCUGCUGGGGUCCUCACUUUGCUGGGGACCACACUCUGCUGGGGUUCUCACUCUGCUGGGGUCCUCACUUUGCUGGGGACCACACUCUGUUGAGGUCCUCACUUUGCUGGGGACCACACUCUGUUGAGGUCCUCACUUUGCUGGGGUCAUCACUCUGCUGGGGUCCUCACUUUGCUGGGUACCACACUCUGCUGGGGUUGUCACUCUGCUGGGGUCCUCACUUUGCUGGGGACCACACUCUGCUGGGGUCCUCACUUUUCUGGGGUCCUCACUCUGCUGGGGACCACACUCUGCUGGGGUCCUCACUUUGCUGGGGUCCUCACUCUGCUGGGGUCCUCACUCUGCUGGGGUUCUCACUCUGCUGGGAGCCUCACUCUGCUGGGGACCACACUUUGCUGGGGACCACACUCUGCUGGGGACCACACUCUGCUGGGGACCACACUCUGCUGGGGUUCUCACCUAGCUGGGGACCACACUCUGUUGAGGUCCUCACUCUGCUGGGGUCCUCACUCUGCUGGGGUUCUCACUCUGCUGGGGACCACACUCUGCUGGGGUGCUCACUCAGCUGGGGACAACACUCUGUUGAGGUCCUCACUCUGCUGGGGACCACACUCUGCUGGGGUCCUCACUCAGCUGGGGACAACACUCUGUUGAGGUCCUCACUCAGCUGGGGACAACACUCUGUUGAGGUCCUCACUCAGCUGGGGACCACACUCUGCUGGGGUUCUCACUCAGCUGGGGUUCUCACUCUGCUGGGGUCCUCACUCAGCUGUGGUUCUCACUCAGCUGGGGACCACACUCUGUUGAGCAACAAAGUUCACUCUGAAUGUCACAACGCCUCAGACCCCUUUCUGGACUGCAAAGAGCAGCAGAAGAACCACCUCGGCAAAGGGGUGAAUAAGUCUGUGUGGGAGCAGCGCACCAAGGAGCUGAGGAAGCAGACCCUGGCGUCCAGUCGGGAGGCUCUCUACAACGAGGCGGACCAGGAGGACCGCUGGAAGGCAAGAGGAGGGAGGGAGGAGCAGAACAAUGUCAACUUCGCCAAGAACGCUCGGCCAGACGUGAAAACCCACCUGGACCGCCCUCUGGUGGUGGACCCCAGGGAGAACCGCAACAACAACACCAACAAGACCACGCCGUACAACGCUGACAGCUACAGCCAGCCCCCUCCCCCUCCCCCUCCCCCUCCCCCUCCCCCUCCCCCUCCCCUGGCCAGCCAGCUCCCCAGGCUCCAAGAGCAGCCUGCAGAGGAGGCCCCUAACCCAGCCACAGUGUCACAGGAGCAGGGAGAGCCCACGGAGUGCAGGCGCUCUCGCAAAGCCGACCUUCGCCAUCAGAGUUCACAUUCCUGCCUGGACUCCACCGUGGUGCAGGGGCCCGAGGAGAGGCCCGCCCGAAGACACCACCACUCCCGCAGCGGCCAGUCAGAGCACCGCAAGUCCAGAUCCCAUCGUAAGAACACGGAGGACGAGGAGGGCAACAGUAAACCUGCACGGCACCGGAGGAGGGCGGAGGGAGCAGCUGCAGACGGGGAGCAGGAGGAGGGAGAGAGGAGGCCACGCAGGAGCCGCCACCAGGACGGAGAGGGCAGGAGGACGUGCCAGCACCGGAGGAAGGACUGCAGUCUCCCAAACCUCUCCACCACACGCCCCAUCCAGAAGAUUUCCCGUCAGGACAGCACCUACAGCGAGGACCUGGACAACCUCAUGAACACCAGGCUGAUCUCCGGCUCCAGCCCCCCCAGCGACCCCCACGCCAACCUGGUGGCCAACCUGGAGCGGGCCCCCAGCUACGGCUCCGCACUGCAGCUGACGGGGAGCGCUCAGCGGGGAAGCCUGGUGGCCAUCGACAGCUACGCGAACAUCGGACAUCAUCGCGCCAACAGCAUCCUGCGGCUCUACCACCCGGACUACACAACCAUAGACAUGCCCAUUUUCCCCUCCAAGAACGCCAUACUGCAAGUCAAUAAAAAUGCCAACACUGAGCCUCUGCCGGCCAAAAAGGAUGACGAUGAUGACGAUGAUGGGGGAGGAGAGGGUGGACCCAGACCCAUGGUUCCCUUCACCUCCAUGUUCAUCCUGACCACCACCAACCCUUUCCGGCGUGCGUGUCACUACAUCUGCACCCGGCGCUACUUUGAGAUGUGCAUCCUGCUGGUGAUCGCUCUGAGCAGCAUCGCUCUGGCUGCAGAGGACCCAGUGUGGCCCGAGUCUCCACGCAACAAUGUGCUGCGCUAUUUUGACUACGCAUUCACUGUGGUCUUUACCUUUGAAAUGCUGACCAAGAUGGUGGACCUGGGCCUGGUCAUGCAUCCCGGCUCCUACUUCCGGGACCUUUGGAACAUUCUUGACUUUAUAGUGGUUAGUGGUGCUCUGGUGGCCUUCGCCUUCUCAGGGAGCAGUAAAGGGAAGGACAUCAGCACCAUCAAGUCUCUGAGGGUUCUGAGAGUGCUGCGGCCUCUGAAGACCAUCAAGCGCCUUCCCAAACUCAAGGCGGUGUUCGACUGUGUGGUGAACUCCCUGAAGAACGUCCUGAACAUCCUGAUUGUCUACCUGCUCUUCAUGUUCAUCUUCGCCGUUGUGGCCGUGCAGCUGUUCAAGGGACGGUUCUUCUACUGCACCGACGAGUCCAAGGAGUUUGAGCGCGAUUGCAGGGGCGAAUACUUGGUCUAUGAGCGAGAUAACGAGGUGAGGGCACAGAAGCGGGAAUGGAAGAAGUACGAUUUCCACUACGACAAUGUGGCUUGGGCCCUUCUCACCCUCUUCACUGUUUCCACUGGAGAGGGGUGGCCGCAGGUACUGAAACAUUCAGUCGAUGCGACCUACGAGAACCAGGGCCCCAGCCCCGGAUACAGGAUGGAAAUGUCCAUCUUUUACGUGGUGUACUUCGUGGUCUUCCCCUUCUUCUUUGUCAACAUCUUUGUGGCUCUGAUCAUCAUCACUUUCCAAGAACAAGGGGAUAAGAUGAUGGAAGAGUAUAGCUUAGAAAAAAAUGAGCGAGCUUGCAUAGACUUUGCCAUAAACGCCCGGCCUUUGACGCGCCACAUGCCUCAGAACAAACUCAGCUUCCAGUACAAGAUGUGGGAGUUUGUGGUGUCGCCUCCGUUCGAAUACACAAUAAUGGCCAUGAUCGCGCUCAACACAAUCGUCCUCAUGAUGAAGUAUGACGGUGCGUCCGACACCUAUGAAGCCGUUUUAGCAAAUCUCAACAUCGUGUUCACGUCGCUCUUCUCCAUGGAGUGUGUGCUCAAGAUCAUCGCCUUUGGAGUUCUGAAUUAUUUCAAAGAUGCCUGGAACAUUUUUGACUGUGUCACGGUCUUGGGCAGCAUCACCGACAUUCUGGUCACGGAGCUUGGGAAUAACUUCAUCAAUCUGAGCUUCCUGAGGCUGUUCAGGGCAGCUCGCCUCAUCAAGCUGCUGAGACAGGGAGAGACCAUCCGCAUCCUGCUGUGGACCUUCGUACAGUCCUUCAAGGCCUUGCCGUACGUCUGCCUCUUGAUUGCCAUGCUGUUCUUCAUCUACGCCAUCAUCGGCAUGCAGCUGUUUGGAAAUAUCGCCAUCGAGGAAGAAGGAGAGAGUGCCAUCAACCAGCACAACAACUUCAGGACCUUCAUCCAGGCUCUCAUGCUCCUCUUCAGGAGUGCCACUGGAGAGGCGUGGCACGAGAUCAUGUUAGCCUGUCUGGGAAACAACCAGUGCGACCCUCUGUCCGGCAACACCGAGCCCGAGUGUGGCAGCCAGGUGGCAUACCUCUACUUCGUCUCCUUCAUCUUCUUCUGCUCCUUUCUGAUGCUGAACCUGUUUGUGGCCGUCAUCAUGGACAACUUUGAAUACUUGACCAGAGACUCGUCCAUUCUGGGUCCGCACCACUUGGAUGAGUAUGUCAGGAUAUGGGCCGAGUAUGACCCUGCCGCCUGCGGGCGCAUUCAUUAUAAGGACAUGUACAGUUUAUUGCGAGUUAUCGACCCGCCUCUCGGCUUAGGCAAGAAAUGUCCCCAUAGGGUGGCCUGCAAGCGGCUGCUCCGUAUGGAUCUUCCCGUGGCUGACGACAACUCGGUCCACUUCAACUCCACGCUGAUGGCCCUGAUCCGCACGGCCCUGGACAUCAAGAUCGCCAAGGGUACGGAAGGUGGCAUAGACAAGCACCAGAUGGAUGCCGAGCUGCGGAAGGAGAUGAUCGCCAUUUGGCCCAAUCUCUCCCAGAAGACCCUGGAUCUGCUGGUUACGCCCCACAAGGCAGCCACAGACUUGACAGUGGGCAAAAUCUACGCUGCCAUGAUGAUUAUGGAGUACUACCGGCAGAGCAAGAUCAAGCGCUCCCAGGCCCUCCGCGACGAGCAGAACCGAACGCCAUUACUAUUUCAGCGUGUGGAGCCCCCGUCACCCACCCAGGACGGAGGGGUGGGUCCCAACGCAGUACCCCAAGCAGAGACCACCGACCCGGGCAACACUUUGCAUGAGGGAGGAGGUAUCCCGGAGAGCCAGUCGUGGGUGACCGCACGUGCCCAGGAGAUGACCCAGAAGGUGGGCAACUGGAGCCCUGACAGAGCCCCUGAUGGCCUGGGAGGAAUGAGCAACUCACAGUCAGGAGAGCAGGUGGAGGAGCGGGUGGAGGAGCGGGUGGAGGAGCGGGUGGAGGAGCAGGUGGAGGAGCAGGUGGAAGAGCAGGUGGAGGAGCAGGUGGAGGAGCAGGUGGAGGAGCAGGUGGAAGAGCGGGUGGAGGAGCGGGUGGAGGAGCAGGUGGAGGAGCAGGUGGAGGAGCAGGUGGAAGAGCAGGUGGAGGAGCGGGUGGAGGAGCGGGUGGAGGAGCGGGUGGAAGAGCGGGUGGAGGAGCGGGUGGAGGAGCAGGUGGAGGAGCAGGUGGAGGAGCAGGUGGAGGAGCGGGUGGAGGAGCGGGUGGAGGAGCAGCUUAGGGGACGCUCAAAAGGGUCACACCCCGAUACGGUAGAGAUGCGAGAGAUGGGACAGGAGGCUUACUCGGACACAGAGCACUUUCCACCAAUGGAAGGUCAUGGCAGGGCCGCUUCCAUGCCGCGGCUCCCUGGCGACAACCAAACCACAAACGACAGCAGCCCCAUGAAGCGCUCGGCCUCGUCUCUGGGACACAGCCGCUCGGGACGGGGCCACCGGGACCGGGGCCAGGACGAGUACAUGGACCGAGUCCCUGAGGAGGGCAGAACUCGGCACGGGCACCGGAGGAGGGAGCGGCGUCACGGGGCGUCCGAGAGGUCCCUGCACCGCUACGCUGACGCCGACACAGGUGUGGAGCUGUCCCAGUCUGCAGAGAUCCUGUCAAAGGAGCGAGACCGAGACCGUGGGCGCUCCAAAGACCGCAAACACCACCACCACCAUCACCACCACCACGGCUCUGUGGACAAGGACCGCUACGUCCCAGAGAGAGAGAGGCCUGAGCGGGGAGAGUACCCACCCAGGAACUCUCGCGACAGAGAGCAGAGGUGGUCCCGCUCCCCCAGUGAGGGCCGCGAGUGCCUCACGCACAGACAGGGCAGUAGUUCGGUGAGUGGGAGUCCGGUGCCGUCGACCUCUGGGACCAGCACCCCGAGGAGGGGCCGCCGACAGCUGCCUCAGACCCCCGCCACCCCGCGGCCCCACGUCACCUACUCCCCUGUGGUGCGGAAGGGGGCCACCGGACCCGCACCUGGGCCCCAGAGCCGGCCCACAGCACCACACCGCUUCUCUCCUGAGCCGGCCCAGAUGCAAGCCCCACCACCUGGACCCCGCCCACACCACCCCCCUCCUCGCUGGGGGGAGGGCAGUGGCUCUGCGGAGGGAGACUUCUACAGUCAGGACUUUGAGGCUCAUCAUGAACCUCCAGCCUAUGAACAGGGCAGUAACCCCCACCCACUACCACCUCCACCCAUGCAGCCCCAUAACCCCCCCAGGGGCCCCUCCCCACGUACAGUUCACCCAGGGGCCCCUCCCACCACAGCUCUGACCGGACCAGUGCCCACCCAGGUGCAGCCCCCCACUCAGAGGCGCCUGCCCAAUGGUUACCGCUCCUCAUCCCCCUCUGCGCACCUCCAUGGACCCGGGCACACGGGCCCCGGGCACACGGGCCCCCACAAGGUGCCCCCUCCAGCCGGGCACCCGCGGGGGCCCCGCAAGGGCCUGCAUGAACCCUACAAUGAAGUGGAGGAGGACUGGUGCUAG